AUGUGGAAUUGUCUAUCAAAAAACGAUGGCCGCAUCGAUUGCGUGCUUAUGGGUGGGAUCUCAAGUGCUAAACAUCUUGCACUGAUAUCUUAUUUUGGAAAGUUCAUUUUCGCAAGAGAUUUGAUGAAUUGCUGCCCUACAUUUAGUAAGUUAAAGACUUUAUCACUCAGUGUGUACUGGUGGGAGGCUCCUGACUUGGAUCCACUAGCUUGCAUUCUGCAAAAUUCACCAGUUCUAGAGAAGCUCUCUCUUAAACUUUUCUCCAAGGGACCAGAUCAUGAAGUGGAAAUGAAAGGAAGGUACAGUCCAAUGGAGGGUCCGUCUGCAAUAUCAGAGCACCUUAACAUGGUUGAAAUCAAGUGUAAUGUGGUCGACGAGAAGAUUCUCAAAGUCUUGAAGCUCUUGUCUACAUUUAAUAUACGAUUCGGUUUUUUGUAA